AUGGCAAUUGGAUGAUUAUAUCUUUCCUUAGAAGAAAGAAGAAUGAAAUGCAGCAAUUCGUAAUUCGUAGUACGUAGUACGUUCGGUAUUCAGGGCUCGGUGGGGGUUAUGACUUUAUGAGUUAUGACAAAAAUGGCUGCUACUGCUGCUGAUGGUUUUCAGUAGAGUGCAUAUAAAUGAUCAGUGUUAAAAUGUACUAGGCAAUCCAAUAAGGUGAUUGAGGUUUAUAUUGUCUCCUAAACUCUUGUCAGUUUUUCGAAUUUCUGCGACUGCUUUCAUAAUAUUUAUAUAUAGGUUAAUCCUCCUCAUUCUGCUCGAUCUCAGGGUUUGUGGUAUUUAUUGUAGAUUUUCUUUCUUAAAUCAAGGCCAUGAUCAGGAUUUCCACAGAUCUUCGAACGUUUCUCAAAAAAGCCUGAAGAAAAAUUCGAUGUCAGAAACCUUCUGAUGACAUAUACAAAUGAGUGAAAUGAGUGUGGGAGCCAUGCAGGGUGCUCCAGGGGAACGCCGACUCAAACAGCUCGAGUUAAUGUUCCUUGGAGGGCCUGCAGUGGCAAAAGAUCAGAGUUUCAGCAUCGAAACGCUCAUCGACCUCCUUAUCGUGCUCUACGACGAAUGCUGCAACUCCAGCUUGCGGAAAGAGAAAACCGUCUCGGAUUUUAUAGAAUACGUCAAGCCUGUUGCAACCACGGUGAAAACGCUGAGGUUGACCAGAGAUGAUUUCGAGAUCGUUAAAGUCAUCGGCCGGGGUGCUUUUGGAGAGGUUUGCGUCGUCAAGUUCAAGGGAUCGGAGAAGGUGUUUGCAAUGAAAAUUCUCAGCAAGUGGGAAAUGCUGAAGAGGGCCGAAACUGCUUGUUUCAAGGAGGAACGCGACGUCUUGGUGUACGGAGACAGAAGGUGGAUAACGCACCUUCAUUAUGCUUUCCAGGACGAAUCUAAUCUGUAUUUGGUGAUGGAUUAUUAUUGUGGGGGUGAUCUGUUGACGCUGUUAAGCAAAUUUGAAGACCGUCUUCCAGAAGAAAUGGCUAGAUUUUACAUUGCCGAAAUGGUCUUGGCUAUCGAUUCCAUACACAAUCUCAGAUAUGUGCACAGAGACAUUAAACCUGAUAACAUUCUAUUGGACGCUAACGGUCACAUUCGGUUGGCUGAUUUUGGGAGUUGUUUGAAACUGAAUGAUGAUGGCAUGGUGCAGUCCAAUGUAGCUGUCGGUACCCCAGAUUAUAUUUCUCCUGAAAUUCUUAGGGCGAUGGAGGACGGUCAAGGCAGGUACGGUCCCGAAUGUGAUUGGUGGUCUUUGGGGGUGUGCAUGUACGAGAUGCUGUUUGGAGAAACGCCAUUUUACGCAGAGAGCUUGGUGGAGACUUACGGAAAAAUUAUGAACCACAAAAACUGCUUCGAUUUUCCCACCGACGUGGAGGUAACCGAUUCCGCUAAAGAUUUGAUAAAGAGGCUCAUUUGCAGUCAGGAAUUUCGAUUGGGACAGAACGGCAUUGAAGACUUCAAGAAUCAUCCCUGGUUCGAGAAUGUUGACUGGGACGGAAUCCAAGACAGCAACGCACCUUAUAUCCCGGAAGUGUCCAGUCCUACAGACACCUCGAAUUUCGAUGUAGACGACGCUGACAUUCGGUUGUCAGAUGCGAUGCCUCCAACUGCCAACAAUGCCUUCGCCGGUUUGCAUUUACCGUUCGUUGGAUUUUCCUUCACCCAAGGAAGUUUCAUUUGUGAUUUAAGUAAUUUGACCAUGUACAUAAACUCAAAUUUUACUGAAAAACAAAAUCAACGAAAUAAAAGUGAUAUUAUGGCAUUGGCUCUGAGUCAAGAAAAGGACGCCGACAAACGAAUGUCUCCCGACGGGACAAGAAAACUGCAGGACGAAAUAAAUACGCUUACGAAGAGAAAUUGCGAACUGGAGUCGCAGUUGAGAAAUUUAGAAGCGGGAAAUUCUAGGGAAGCACACGUAGAUUCAAUGGAUGGACCCGAACACUCAAAAGUGAAAGAACUGGAAAAACUGGUUAGGGUUAUUAAACAAGAGAGGGACGAGGUCCAAAAGGACAAACUGGAGUUGCAGGAGAAGUUGAAAUUUCAAGAUAUGGAACUCAAAGACGCUUUGGCUCAGAAGAAAUUAGCAAUGGCCGAAUAUACCGAAGUUUCUGAUAAGUUGGCAGAACUGAGGCAGCAGAAGCAGAAACUUUCUAGACAAGUGAGAGAUAAAGAGGAGGAACUCGAAACGAUGAUGCAGAAAGUCGAUUCUCUGCGCAAUGAUAUAAGGAGAGCUGAAAAACUGAGACGGGAACUGGAAUCUCGCGUAGACGAAGCGCAAGCUGAGUCAACCAAAGAGAGGAAGCUACGAGAGAGGUCGGAAGAGUAUUGCCGGCAGAUGCAGGCCGAAUCUGACAGGCUGAGAGUCAGGAGUGAACAUGGGCCCCGGGAUCAACAAGACUCGUUGAGGCUGAAAGCGGAACUGGAAAAAUUGGAGGUUCAGUACAAUGAAAGUUUGUCGCAGCAACAAGCCCGAUUCAAUAUGGAACUGUCAUCUUUGAGAGACCAGUUGCACGAAGCAGAAACGCAUAGGGAGUUGCUAGAAAGAGAAGUGCAUAUGUUGAGAGAGAAACUGGACAAGUCCAGAUCAGAAGCUGUAUCCGAUUCUGAACAGAUAUUAGCUGAAGUUAACCGUAGGCAUGACAGAGAUAAGCAAAUGUUAGCCGAGGAUAACAAAAAUCUCUCGUCAAAUGUCGGCUUUCUGACUGAAUCCAUGAAUCGACUGCAAACGGAAAGGUCCGCUUUGGAAACCGAAUACGAGGAGCUGAGAAGUAAGCAAGAAGCUUUGGGUCAGUGGGAGUCGCAGUUAUCGGAAAUCAUUCAGUGGGUCAACGACGAAAAAGACGCGAGAGCUUACUUGCAAGCACUGGCGACGAAAAUGACUGAGGAGUUGGAUUAUUUGAAACAUACGGGUGUAUCAAAUGCUGUCUCUGGUUCAGAUAAAAACUGGAGAAACAGACGAUCGCAAAAGUUGGAGAAAAUGGAGCUAUUGAAUUUGCAGAGCUCUUUACAAAGCGAGAUCCAGGCUAAGCAGGCUAUAAACGAGGAUUUGAGCAAGACCAGGGAAGCCCUGCUGGCCGCUCAAAAGGAGUUGAGGGAGUACAGACAACGAAACGAAGCUUUGAACCUUGAUUUGAAGCGAAAGGAAAAACAAGUGAAGGAGUUUCAGAACCGGCUGGAUUCGGAAGGAUUUUUAGAACGACCUUCGUCUCAAAUGUCGUACCUAGAUCACUUCCUGAAGGAAUCGACUCCGUCUCAGAUGCUGUAUGACAAUGUCCCAGCCCAGAAUCUCUUGUAUAAAGGGGGCUCCAUCGAAUCGGAGGAGGGAGACAUAGAAGACAACCGGGCGCUGAGCAUGACAAGUUCCAAGAGCAACUUGUCUGAAAUUAGCAUGCACGAAUCCCACUCCCCGAUGAAGUUCAAAGCCCACCAGUUCCUCGUGAGAACUUUUUCUAGUCCGACAAAGUGCAGUCACUGCACCUCACUGAUGGUGGGGCUGAUGAGGCAAGGGAUGGUUUGCGAAAUAUGCGGGUUUACGUGUCACACGGCAUGCUGUUCGCAUGUGCCAACUGUAUGUCCAGUUCCACCGGAUCAAACGAAACGCCCUCUCGGCAUCGACCCUACCAGAGGAAUAGGGACAGCUUAUGAAGGUUAUGUCAAGGUUCCGAAACAGGGUGGCGUUAAGAAAGGUUGGGUCAGACAAUUCGUCGUUGUUUGUGACUUCAAACUGUUUCUGUAUGAUAUAUCGGCAGAUCGCAAUGCUUUGCCGAGCGUUCACGUGGCUCAAGUGCUGGAUAUGCGAGAUCCGGAAUUUAGUGUGUCCAGUGUCAAAGACUCUGACGUGAUUCACGCUAACAAGAAAGAUAUUCCUUGUAUAUUCAAAAUAACGACGUCCUUCAUGGAACCACCAGGACCCCGGAACUCAACCCUAAUGCUAGCCGACACUGAAGCUGAAAAAAACAAGUGGGUAGUCGCUCUAGCCGAGCUCCAUCGAAUCAUGAAGAGAAACAACCUACCGAACACCACAGUCCUCGUCGCGAAGGAGCUCAUCGACGCGUCUCUACCUUUACUGCGGAAUGCCCUAAGCGCCUCCAUCAUAGACCCCGACCGGAUAGUCCUGGGUACCGAAGAGGGACUGUACUGUAUCGACCUAGAUAGGACCGAGGUGGCCAAGAUCGGCGAGGGGAAGAAGAUUCUCCAGCUCGAGUACAUCAGCGAGGAGCAUCUGCUGGUCGUCGUCAGCGGGAAGCAGCGGCAGGUCCGGUUGGUUCCAAUAAGAGCCCUCGACGGGGACGACGUCGAGUGGAUCAAAGUCACCGAAAGUAAAGGAUGCUCUGUGCUGACCGUCGGAGCGGUGUUGAGGGCGCCGCUGACGUUUUGUUUGUGCGUCGCUAUCAAGAAGCAGCAAAAUUCGUCGAGCAUCAUCAUCUACGAAAUCACCAGGACCAAAAUGAGGCAUCAACGUGUACGCGAAAUCAGCCUACCUGUCCACGUCCAGUCGUUGCAAUUGCUCUCAGACGGGCGAUUGUGCGUCGGGUCGCCAUCCUGUUUCACCGUCUAUAGCAUACAGCACGUGGAUCACCAACUUUUUUCCCUUUUGCAUCCCGACAACCCCCUGUACAGUACGAUAAUGUGCAGCGCUGUCGAAGCAUUGCGGGUCAUUGAACUACCCAGGAACGAAUACUUACUGGUGUUUGGCAGCCUGGCAGCGUAUGUCGACAAAAGUGGGAGGCGGUCCAGAGAUAGGGAGAUCAUGUAUCCUGCAGUGCCAACGGCAAUAGGUUAUCGGGAUGGGCAUUUGAUUGUCUACAGCGAGACUCACAUAGACAUUUUCAAUUGCGCCACUGGAGACUGGGUUCAGACUGUAAAUAUAAAGAAAGCAAAACCAUUGAACGAAAGCGGCAGCUUGAGUCUCUGCCUACUGAACGAUUUGGCGCAUCUGCUUUAUUUAUCAAACAUCCAUCAAAGAGAGUUGAUCAACAUGGAGAACAUUGUUACGCUCGAUAGGGAAGGCAGAACUGUUCACAAAACGAGGAGGAGGUUUUCCUUGAGAGAAGGAAACAGAGCGCAGCGGAUGAGUACGGAUCGGCGUUCGAAGCUAAUAUCUGCCCCAACUAAUUUCAACCAUAUCUCCCACAUGGGACCGGGAGACGGUAUACAGCGACAGAGGUUGAUCGAUCUAACUCCCACGUUGGUGGAUCAGUUGCCGGAUCAUAGCAGUUUUGGAAGCAACACAAUGCUUCAACCUAAGGUGCCGACCAAAGUAGCCCCUUUGCCGCCCAAACACGGCGAGAGGAAACGACCGGAGAUAUCGAAUCCCACGCCCAUAAGGCCUUCGUUUCCCGCUUACAAUGGUGCAAAAAGAGCACCGCCUCCUCGACCCAGAGAUCUUCCCCCCGCUUUGCCUCGGCCCUCCGAUACUUCUCCAUCUCCUGAUCCUGCUAGCAUCGGAAGCAUGUCGUCCCUACACGAAAUGAUUAAGGGAACAGAAAACAGAAACAGCCCCAGGCACUCAAUCGCCAGCAACAAUAGUUCGAACUUGUCGACUCCGCCAUCUCCCCAAGCAGACCAUCACAAUAGCUCGAGUUACGACAGCUAAGAAUCAGUCGCCAUCGAAAUUUUUGAGACUCGCAUCGGUUUGUAAGCUGAAAUAUUUUUAAACGAUGAAGUGAGAAGCUAGAGUUGUUGUUGAUAUAGGUAAGGUGUUCGUUGAAUUCGUUGUUUCUUAUUACGGAAGGAAUUCUGUCAAUAUAUAUAUAUUGUUUAUCUUGAAUUGAACACUUACGUACCUAGGACUGAUUAG